AUGUUUAGGAUAUUGGACCUAUCUACAUCUUCCACAGAUAUUAAUUACUUGAACCAGAUCCAACCUCUUUCUCUAUGUAACAAUAAAUGUACCCCUGGAUAUAGAAAAUCCACAAAGGAAGGGAAGCCAUUUUGCUGCUACAAUUGUCUUCAGUGUCCAUUUGGGAAGGUUUCUCAGCAGCAAGACUCAGGUGAUUGCUCCCAGUGUCCGGAAGGUUCCUAUGCAAACCUCAACCAGGAUUCAUGUACCACUAAAGAUGUACACUUCUUGUCAUAUAAUGAACCUCUGGGAGUUGUUUUGGUCAUGCUUGCUAUCUGUUUUUCUUUCAUCACAACUUGUGUGCAUUGGAUCUUUGUUAAGUACCAAGAUACUCCAAUUGUCAAGGCCAACAAUCGAAACCUCACCUAUUUACUCCUCAUUGCCCUGCUGCUCUCCUUCCUUUGUGUUUGUCUAUUCAUUGGUCAUCCCAACAAUGUAAUGUGUGUCUUUCAACAACCUGCAUUUGCUAUCAUCUUCUCUGUGGCAGUCUCUUGUGUGUUAGCCAAAACCAUCAUUGUGGUGUUAGCUUUCAUGGCCACCAAACCUGGAUCAAGGAUGAAAAAAUGGGUGGGAAAAGAUUUGGCAAACUCAAUUGUUAUUUCUGGCAUUUCAAUUCAAGUCAUCAUUUGGCUUACAACUUCUCCUCCAUUUCUUCAUUUCGAUGCACACUCCUUGUCUGAAGAAAUAAUCUUAGAAUGCAAUGAAGGUUCCACUAUAAUGUUCUAUUGUGCCCUAGGAUUCCUGGGGUUGCUAGCCACAAUUAAUUUUAUGGUGGCUUUCUUUUCUAGAAAAUUACCUAACAGUUUCAAUGAAGCCAAAUUUAUUACUUUCAGUAUGUUGGUCUUUUGCAGUGUUUGGUUAUCCUUUGUUCCAAGUUACGUAAGCACCAAAGGAAAAUACAUGGUGGCUGUGGAGAUCUUCUCCAUUUUGACUUCUAGUUUUGGAUUACUUGGCUUCAUCUUUUUCCCCAGAUGCUUUAUCAUUGUGAUGAGGCCAGAACUGAAUGACAAGAAACAACUCUUAAAGGGUAAACAUUAA